GAGAAAGGGGUUACAAAAUACAAAACGCGCGUUUCGAUGGCUCGAAGAAGCGCGUUCAAGGAGAGACACCCGCCCAUAAAGAAACGGGCAGGUGACAUGCUUCUACACACACACAAUUGUAGUACGGUGUUGGUGUGUAAGGUCGAUCAAGAGGGCGGAUAGGGGGUUCGGUGUGGGUGCGAUAUAGUAUUACUAUCGCUCCACUGUUGCUGUUGCUGUUGUGUGAUGAAGAGCGGGAUGAUGAUGAUGGGCACUGAUAAUGGGUCGAUACGUGUACUUUCCCUUAAAAUGCUUCACCCCCCACCUGCUACCCUUAGGUUAACCGAUACCGGUACAGGGGUAGAUCAGCGCUUUUCACCACCGUUGGCGCGUUAGUACACAGCGGGAAGUUGUACGGGUAGGAACGGUUUUGCGUUGCUGCGCGAUGGUUCACGCGAGUAGACGAUAAGCAAAGGUGUGUAAUCGUGGAGAAGAGAAGGCAGACAUUGGACUGCUUCUUUUGGUGAACAGAUAUGUGUGAAGUGCUGUAAGCGAUAAGGUUUUGCAUUACCGAGAAUGUUCUAAGUAAUAAGAAUAAGCAAUUAGAAUUCGUGUGUAUGGAUAAUCAAAAUGGAUGCUAAAGGCGCAUCGUAAGAAGCGUGCAAUGUGCGUGAUAUCUUGGGAAAAGGUAUGACCUCCAAUCGUUGUGCUAUAUUGCGUGAUACCUGUUACGCUGCGAGUACCUGUGCUUUAGGACAAUCUUAUUAUAAAAUCAGAAAGUUGCUGACCUCUGCUUUGAAACAAACGGCGACAUCGUUGAGCAUCUUGAAUAACAAACUCAUAAAAGAAGGUCAUUUCGCGCACUUUUAACACCGUGUCGCAAGAGCAUCGUCGGCCAUUCGGUUGUGGGUGACCGAAUCGCACACAGGACCGCAGGUUUGCGUUAUAUUUUGCAUCAUCACAACACAUCGAUCACACACCGGUCAUGCUGCUGAUCGAUUGCUUCCGUCGGCCGUCGCACGAGCUGCAGGCGCGGAAGAAGCAAUCCUCCAAGGAGGUGGUCCAGAUGCGCAAGCUGUACCGCGACCCGGUCAAGGUGCUGCUGCUCGGCGCGGGCGAGUCGGGCAAAACCACCAUCAUCAAGCAGAUGCGCAUCCUGCACAUACAGAACAGCUACAGCUUUGAUGAACGGCUGGAGAAGCUGUCGGACAUCUACGAGAACAUACACGAGUCGAUCUACGAGCUGGUGCGGCAGGUCAUACUGCUCGAGCUGGAGUUCGACUCGAUCGCCAAUCAACGGUGCGCGGAGUACAUCCUCCGGAUGGGUCCCCAGGCGCCCUGGAAUCUCUCGGCCGAGUACGUCCGGUGCGUACGAUGUCUCUGGUCGGAUGCCGGUGUGAAGCGGUGCUACAAACGCUCGAACGAAUUUCAACUGAUCGACAGUGCGAAGUACUUUCUCGAUCGCGUGGAAAAGAUCUCAAUGCCCGGGUACAUCCCGACGAACGGGGACAUCCUGAACUGCCGCAAAACGACGACGGGUAUACAGGAGGUGCGGUUUAACGUGCGCAUGCCCGGCUCGCUCGGCGGCGGUACGCAGGAGUUCCGCAUGUUCGAUGUCGGCGGGCAGCGGCACCAUCGCAGCAAGUGGAUGCAAGCGUUCGAGGGCGUGCAGGCGGUGCUGUUCCUGAUCUCGUGCGGUGGGUUCGACCAGACGUUGCGCGAAGACCCGAAACAGAACCGGCUGGCGGAGGGGUUCGAGCUGUUCCGGGGCGUCUGGCACAAUCGCUUUCUGGCGGAGACGGGCGUGAUUGUGUUCAUGAACAAGCAGGACGUGCUGGAGCAGAAGCUGCUGGCGGGCCAAUCGAUCCGGACGUACUUCCCCGACUACGACGACUACGUGGCGUUCGCGGACAAGGACCAGCUGUACGAUGAGCUGACGCGGACGCGCUCCUUCAUCCGGUCGAAGCUGGUGGACAUUACAAACGAACCACCGCGAAGAACGUCACAUCUUGUGGGGCGCAAACGGACCUGCUACUUCCACUUCACCAUCGCCACGGACACGCAGAACGUGCGCACCGUUUUCAACGAUGUGCACAACAUCAUACUGACGAAAAACCUUUCCAAGAUGGAUUUACUUUAAGUUGCAGCACGUGGCGCAGCUGUUACGUCACGAAAAUUAUUUAUUGCGUGUUUUUUUUGCGUUGGAUUAGGCUUACGUUCCCAUCGGUCAGUGUCGGUGUGCUGUGCCUUUUUUUUGUAUGUAAAUUCUGUUAAAAUAUACUUUUUUGUACUGUUGUGAUUGUAAACCAGUAAUUAUUUUAAUUAUUAAUUGUUAAUUACUUUAAAAUUAUCUCAGAAGAAAUGGUGCACAGUAGUGAUGAGUCAUACGACUCCACUAACGGAUCGACCCGGAGUUGAGUGCAACUAGGCCGGAAUCGAUUCCGACCCGUGGGUGCAACGAGUUCAAUAGAUUCACACAAGUUCGAUAGGCUCAUACGAGUUCAAUAGGUUCAGUAGGUUUGGUGAGUUCGUACAAGAGUGUAGUAGCCUUAAUAUGUGUUAUGGGUAAUAUGUUUUAGUUCAGUAGUAAUACAGUAUGACCUCCCUGGUACAAUUGUAUGCUAACUAGGGAGUAUGAACUAUUUAGGUGGGGUGCUG